CAGGGCAGAGUCCCGGUGUUAGGAAUCCUGAAGUGUGAGGAGUAGUGUGUCGGACCAGACCGGGACCGGUCCACUUUCCGCAUCCAGGACCCACGCGAUUAGAGCUUUAAAGCCAGGCUUUGUCAUACGGAGACGCGGGGACCAGCGAAGGAUCUGCUCUUCGUGAGAUCAAUCCGCAGACGCUCCCAUUCUAUUCUGCAGAACCCCUGUGAAAAUGGGGUGAUUGUGUCCUCGCAUCAUCCAGUUAACCGACACUCCUCCCGAUGUCAGAAUAUUCAGACCCCAAGUCCUAUGGCUUCCCAGUGCUGGAGGAGCAGCAUGGAGCCCGGCGGCGCCCCAGGGCGUCCACCUCAUGCGGCUCCGUGUCCAGAGGAGCCCCCGGGUCCAUGGCGCCGCUCUACGGCCGGGCUGGGCCCGACCUGGGCCUGCCCUCGGAGGGCAGCGACAGCGGCAGCCAGGACCCCCCCGGCUCGCUGGCCCGCUCCCUGCCCGAGGAGGACGUGGAGAUGAAGAGCAGCGGGUCCAGCGGCAGCGGGACCGAGUCGCACGGCAACGAGUCGCGCGGCAACGGGAGCCGCGGCGACGGCCGCGAGUCGGCGGGCAGCUCCAACGGCCGCAGCAAAGACUCGGCGCUGUUGGAGUCUUCUGAGAGCAACAAGAGCUCAAACUCCCACAGUCCGUCGCCUCCCAGCAGCUCCAACGCAUUCAGUCUGCUCAGCUCGGAGCAGGACAACCCUUCAACCAGCGGCUGCAGUAGUCAGGAGUCGGCCAAAGCCAAGAACCAGAAGGAAGUGAUCAAAACUCUGAAAGAGCUCAAGCGUCACCUGCCUCCAGAAAAGAGACACAAUAACAAGUCCACCACCUUAAACACGCUGAAGUACUCGCUGCGCUGUGUCAAGCAAGUGGAAGCCAACGAGGAGUAUUAUCAGCUGCUGAUGAUAAACGACAGCCAGCCUUCAGGCCUUGAUGUGUCUUCCUAUACCAUAGAGGAAAUAGACAGCAUUACUUCUGAAUACACCCUCAAAAACAAUGACAUUUUUGCAGUGGCGGUGUCUCUCAUCACGGGAAGGAUCGUCUACAUCUCUGAUCAGGCUGCCUCCAUCCUCAAUUGCAAACGGGACGUGUUAAAGAACACCAAGUUCGUGGAGUUCCUGACGCCGCAGGACGUCAGCGUGUUCUACAGCUUCACGACCCCGUACCGCCUGCCCUCCUGGAGCGUGUGCACUGGAGCAGAGUCAUCGCCGCCCGACUGCAUGCAGGAGAAAUCCUUCUUUUGUCGCAUCAGUGGUGGAAGAGAGUGUGAGGGUGACCUGCGGUACUACCCGUUCCGCAUGACCCCGUACCUGAUGAAGGUCCAGGACACGGUGCACGCUGAGGACCAGUUCUGCUGCCUCCUGCUGGCUGAGAGAGUUCACUCUGGUUAUGAAGCACCCAGAAUUCCAACGGACAAGCGCGUCUUCACCACCACACACACGCCGAGCUGCGUGUUCCAGGAUGUGGACGAGAGGGCGGUUCCUCUCCUCGGGUACCUCCCCCAGGAUCUGAUCGGCACAUCGGUUCUCCUCCACCUGCAUCCCAGUGACCGGCCCAUCAUGCUGGCCAUCCACAGAAAAAUUCUGCAGUAUGCAGGUCAGCCAUUUGACCACUCGUCCAUCAGAUUCUGUGCACGAAACGGAGAGUACGUGAUCCUGGACACCAGCUGGUCCAGCUUUGUCAACCCCUGGAGCCACAAGGUCUCCUUCGUCAUCGGGAGGCACAAAGUCCGCAUGGGCCCCGUGAAUGAGGACGUUUUCUCAGCCCCGGUUGCGCCUGUAAGUGAAGUGAAGACGAUGGACUCUGAGGUUCAGGACAUCACAGAGCAGAUUCAUCGUCUUCUCCUACAGCCGGUUCAUAGCAGUGGCUCCAGCGCUUAUGGUAGUCUGAACACUAAUGAUCACCUGCUGGGCGAGACCUCUUCCAGUGAGAGCCUCAACAAUGGCAGCGGGAACAAGGUGCGAGAGGAAGAGGAAUGGAGCUGCAAAACCAGACCACGCACAUUUCAAGAAAUCUGUAAAGGAAUUCACCUCCAGAAGAGCCAGGAGCAGCAGAUGAGCAAACCAGACACCAAAAGGAGCAAUGGCAAAGAGUCUGUACAGAAGAACCCAGCAGUGGUUCGGCCCAAAGACUCGGCCGCUCCUUUCAGCUGGAGGGAAACCGGGCUCACCAUGGAGGAGAAUAAGGCCCCGCCGCAGGAGGAGCUGACCUUCAACGACCAGUCCAGCUACUCCUACCAGCAGAUCAGCUGCCUGGACGGUGUGAUCAGGUACUUGGAGAGCUGCAAUGUCCCCAUCACAAUGAAGAGGAAGUGCCAGUCUUUGUCUAACACCACUUCCUCUAACUCAGAGGAGGACAAACAGAACGGGUCCGUGCAGGUGUCUGAAGAACCAGCCGCGUUGACGGAGCGGCCCGGUCUCGACAAAAAGCCCGCGGCCACGGCGGUAGUGGGCUCUUCGCUGCCCCUGCCGGUACCGGAUAAACCGGAGAGUGUGGUCUCCAUCACCAGCCAGUGCAGCUACAGUAGCACCAUAGUCCAUGUCGGAGACAAGAAACUCCACCCGGACUCAGAGAUCACAGAGGACGGACCAGGUGCAGGAGAAGCCGUGGAGUCCAGUCACAACCCGCCGGUCGUCACGUCCUGUGCUGUGUCACCCCCGAGUCACGGGAGGGAGUCCUACAAGAAACUGGGGCUGACCAAGCAGGUGCUGGCGGUGCACACGCAGAGGGAGGAGCAGGCCUUUCUGUCCCGCUUCACGCAGCUCCGCGCUCUCACCGCACUCCGAGCCGACUGCUCCCAGUAUCUGGAGCGCCACAGGGAGCGGCCCACCAGCAACGCUGUACCCGCUGCGCCCGGCAAGCAGGGCGCUGUGGCCGCGGCGCCCACCCCGCGGCGAGGAACCCGGAACAGGAAAACAAAAUCCAAGCGGGCCAAGCAGAUGGAGUCCUCAGACAGCACCGUGUCCCAUCGCACGCAGCAUCAGCAGCCGCUGCGGCCUCCCCUCCUCAACCCCACUUCCUGGUCCCCCUCCGACACCUCGCAGUCCACCUUUGCGGUAGCCUACCCCGCCGUGGUGCCGGGCUACCCCCCACGCGCGUUCCCCAGAGCCCCCUGCAACGACGCGGCUCCUCCAGGCCUGGGAGGCGGCCAGGCUCCUCCCUGCCCACCGCCGCUCCACCCCGCUCCCUUCACCAGCCCCAUGGUCACCCCCAUCGUGGCUCUAGUACUGCCCAACUACAUAUACCCCCCACAGCCACUGUACCAAGCAGAGACCGGGGGCUUCCCCGCCCAAACACAAGCUUUCGCUCAGUGCACGUUUCCAGGGCAGACCCCCCUCGCAGCUGCCGCGCCCUUCGGCGCCUCCAACCAGUUCAACCCCCAAAACCACUUCGCUCCCCAGUCCAGCAACGUGACUCCUUCCCUGUACUUUCCUUCGUCUUCGGAAGCGCCCAAGCCCCCCGCGGAGAUCCAGUCUCGCUCCUCGACGCCGCAGUCCGGGGGCGGCAGAGACCAGGCCUCCCCGCCCUUGUUCCAGUCCCGCUGCAGCUCGCCCCUCAACCUGCUGGAGCUGGAGCUGUCCGUGGAGAGGCAGGACAGCGCGGCGCUCCCCUCCGGAGCACCAGGGGCUAACGCGGCCGAGAGGGAGACGGGAGGAAGCGGAAACCAGACCACGGUGCGGGAGCUGAAGCAGCCAUCUCUCAUUCUACUUGGUCCGCCUGGACCAUUGUAUUUCGAGGGCACACCCUGUGUCUGUGAGCGUUUGUCUUGGGAUAAAGUGUGCUCUAGACUGAGAGCUUACAGCAAUGAGACAAGUUCACAAGGAGACGGGAACAACAGUGACGCCAAUUCCUCAUCCAGUGACAUGUUUGACAUCAUUCUCCAAGAGGACUCCUGCUCCGGCACCGGCUCAGCCACCUCAGGGUCCAUGGGCUCAGGGUCCAAUGGCUGCGGAACGUCAGCCAGCGGGACCUCUAAAAGCAGGACAUCAGCCAGCGGAGUCUCCGGCAGUGGAACAGGAAGCAACAAUAGUAGUAAUUACUUUGGCAGCGUGGACUCAUCCCAGAAUAGCCAGAAGGCCAAGGGUCACUCGAGCAGCAGCGAGGGGAGAGCCCUGGAGAUGGAACAGAGCGACCACUUCAUCAAGUAUGUACUGCAGGACCCGCUGUGGCUGCUCACGGCCAACACUGAACACAAGGUCAUGAUGACCUAUCAGCUGCCCUCGCGCGACAUCCAGAGCGUGCUGAAAGAGGACAGAGAAAAGCUGAGGCUGCUGCAGAAACACCAACCACGCUUCACGGAGGAGCAGAAGAAGGAGCUGGUUGAAGUCCACCCCUGGAUGAAGAAGGGCGGCCUGCCCAAGGCGUUAGACAUCACGGUGUGCUCCUGCUGUGACGCGUCCUCGGGCGCCGCGGCGGUGGAGGAGGAUCCAAUAGACCCGGACGCCGGAGACACAGAGGCUGGAGAGCUGGGCUGCAAGUGGCCCACAGAGGAGCUUUUAAACCCUGGCGCCGUCUCCAGCCACAGCCCGCCGUCUGGCAAGACAUAAAGCCGCCACUGAAAUUCAUUAGCCACCGGCCUCUUCACGUGCCCGACUGCGAGCAGCACUUAGAGGACGGACCUGCUUUACAUGAAGAACAAUAUGUAUUGGUUCCUCAUAUAAAGUCACUUCUUUUAUUUAUACUGUACCACUUUUGUUGUAGUUUAUGAUGUUUUUAUAACUUAUUGGCUGAACCAGGCGGGGUGUGUUUGGUGCUUGCAGAGACUGCUGGGUUCCACGACCGUCACCCAUUUGUGUCUGACUAGGGGAAACAUUUUGAAGCACUGAGAGCAGAGCACAAUAAUGGAAAAUGUUCACUGGCUCUGCCUGACGCUGAAGGUCAAACAUAUUUCAACCAGGCUCGACUGUUUUCUUCACAUGCCAGGAUGUGGCUCAGUGGUGUACUAGCUCUUGGGGUUUGUGCUUGAGUCUAGUAUUUUGUGACCCUACUUCCUUCAGUUUCGGCAACACUCUCCUACGUCAGCAUGCAUUGAGAACAGGUGCAGCCACUGUCAUGCAAAAACCAUCAAGCACCGCAAUGAAUGUACAAGUGCACUUUGUGGCCUGCAUGGAAAGACGAGGAAAACGAGACUCCUCUACGUUUGAUUUGUUUAACGUACGGCCUUGUGCACAGUCACUAGUUCUUUAAUACAAGUAAAAUCCCUGCCUUUGAAAUGUUUAGGUAAAACUGAAGAAGUACUAUCAGCAUAAUACUCACAGAAUAAUUACUCCAAACAAUAAACUAUUUAUUUGAUUAUUUUUAUUGACCAUGCCAGCAGCAAGCUAUAGCUGGUCACCACCAAGCUAAUACUGUACUUCAAUAUAUUCUAUGUGGCAGCUUAGUUUAUAACCAUGUAAAGUAUUUUAUAUAACAUUAAAUGGAAAUUCGUAAGUGUGAUGUUAAUUGUCCCAAUUAAUGAAGCAGGUGUGGAAAACAUCUGACACAAUCAGGUGGAGGUGGUUAUUUAAAGCUAUUUGCAGACAUCAGCCUAUUGUGUUAUACAGUUUUGAGAACUUACAUAAUUUAAUAUUUAAAUAUUCCCUAUCUCUGAUAUUUGGAGCACCUCUGGCACAUAGCUAAUGCAGCUUUAAGUGUUUUUUAUAUGUAUAGUUUUUCUGUCUCUUUUUAAAUGAAGCAUUUGUGUCUGUCAACUGUGAACCUUGCAGAUGCUUUGAUUUCUCAGUUGUCUGUUAAAGAAAAUGUUUGUGACACAUCUCAGUGCGCGUGUGAAUAUGACUAAUGAGCGUAUAUAUUUUUGUAUACAUUCAUUGUUUCUGUACAGAUGCAUGCGAUGUGGCUUCAAACCAAGGCAGGACCAAGAUGAUUAAUAUUUACUGUUAAUAUAUUUUAAACUAUGACUUAUUUGAUGAACAUGAGGACAUUUUCCAACGUGCACUGGUCUGAUGUUCAUAAGAAGAUGGUUGAGUAUAAGUCAGGAGAAUAUUCAGGUUCCACGUGUGACUCAGCAUUUAUGAGAGGAUCCUGAGCGCGCUGGGGAAAAGGCUGAUGACCGCUCACAACAAAUGUGUGGUCACUUCAGAAGUCCCAUUUAGGGUUAUUGCACGGGUGUAAAGCAGCUUGGACUCAUGCCAGGUGACUCUGUUAAUAGCUUUCCUGCACUUUGAAGCUCCUGUAAUAUAAGAGGAAGUGGAGAGGUUUUUAUUGUCAUCGCUCUUUCUCUUAUUGGAACAUACUGUACACUGACAACAAUGUGGCGUUUUCGUUUUGUUUUUAUUUUCUCUACGUUUGAAAAUGUAAAGUAUUUUUGUUCAAAAUGUUGUUUCAAAAUAAAACAUUGCCUAAUUUUUUUGAA